ACUCCGCGCACCGGCCCGCCGCGGCGCAGCGCAGCUCCGCACCGCUCGGCAUCCCCCCGCCGCUGGCAGCCGCGGACCUGCUGUGCCCUCAGGCUUGCACCGGCCCGCCGAGCGAAGGCUGCGCUGCCGAGGCCAGCGAGAGAGAGAGAAGGGCAGUGCGAGGAGGGAGGGAGGCAGGCAGGAAGGCAGGCAGUGGCGGCGCGCGGGCUGUUAGGGAGCGAGAAUAAAAAGUCCGGCGAACGGAACGGCGGCUGCCCUCCUGCUCCGCAGAAGUGAGGAGGCACCUCGGGGGCAACAUGACGGCGUGGCUGAGCUUCCUCGUCGUGUUCCUCUGCGGCUGGAGCCUGCGGGACUUGGUGGUGGAGGCUUGCACUUGCGUCCCCAUCCACCCGCAGGACGCUUUCUGCAACUCCGACAUCGUGAUCCGAGCUAAAGUUGUGGGGAAGAAGCUCAUGAAAGAUGGACCAUUUGGAACGAUGCGAUACACAGUCAAGCAGAUGAAGAUGUACAGGGGCUUCCAGAUAAUGCCACACGUUCAGUACAUCUACACAGAAGCCUCUGAGAGUCUUUGUGGAGUCAAGCUGGAGGUCAACAAGUACCAAUAUCUGAUUACAGGCCGCGUGUAUGAAGGGAAGGUUUACACUGGCCUGUGCAACUGGUAUGAGAAAUGGGACCGGCUGACUCUGUCCCAGCGUAAAGGACUGAAUCAUCGUUAUCAUCUGGGCUGUGGAUGCAAGAUUAGGCCCUGCUACUAUUUGCCCUGCUUUGCCACCUCCAAGAAUGAGUGUAUUUGGACAGAUAUGCUCUCCAACUUCGGCCACUCAGGAUACCAAGCGAAGCACUAUGCCUGCAUCCAGAGGGUGGAAGGUUACUGCAGCUGGUAUAGAGGAUGGGCACCUCCAGACAAAACGAUAAUCAAUGCCACAGAUCCCUGAGCACACUAUCCCUUCCUUAUCUCCCCUCUCCCUUACUUGUGGCUGAUCUUCCUUUGGACACUAACUCUUACCAGAUCAUGAUGAUGACAAUGAAAUUAGUGCCUGUUUUCAUGCAAAUUUUAGCACUUCGAACACUUAAAAAAGAAAAGGAAAAAAAAAAAAAAGGAAAGAAAAGAAAAAAAGUCUGUGCUACCUUACUGAAUUUGUAAUCACCUUUUCCAUUUUUUGAUACCACUCAUUUUGAUCAGACGACAUUUGGGAGCUUACUUUUGCACACCAGAGGGAAAAAUGGGAGGGAAAAAAAAAAGAAAAAAAAAAAAGAAAAAAGAUGGAGCUCUUGCUCUCUUACAUGUAUCAUUAGCUGUAGCGAUAUAAUCUCUAUUUUUUUAGGAAAACAAAAAUCUAAAAACUAUGCCAAUUAGGCACUGUAUUCUUCUGUGCGCUGGCUUCCCGUCACCCCUCCUCAUGCACUAAGUGCUGAAAAUACAUCGACAAAUCUAUUUGAAGGAAAACAGGUUUCAUUAAUCAGAUUGGCGAAUGAAACAAACUGAAAAGAAACCCAGCCUAAACUCUGGAAAAAAUGACGUCCGAAAGAAAUCCUCCUCUAUGGGAGAGAUUGGCAAUGUGAUUGACUCCAGCAGUGGGAGAAUUCACCUGGUGUGUCUGACCACAUCAUCUGGUAAAAGCAUUGUUGACUGAUUGUCCUAGCUAAUUCAGUCACAGUGUGAAUGCAACAGCACAUUUGAAGUUCUGGCUUUCCCCAGAACAAAAGAGAGAGUAUUUUGUAUUUUUGUUGUUGUUUAAAAAACAAAAGCCCCAUCCCCUAUGUUCAGGGAGGUAAAUCCACCUACAGCAGAGCAGAAGAAGUGCUGUGCCAUCCUGUUUUGAGCAGCAUUGGCCCCUGAAAUUUUUGCAGCUUAGCUUCAACAGCAAAACCAGCUUGUGAACACCUUGAACCAAACAGAUGCAAAAAUACCAACUGUAAAUCAAUCACAUGGAAGAGGGAAAGGGGAGACUUGCUAGAGCUCUUACUAUAAAAAAAGUCUAUUGCCAAAAUAGUGUUUUGCUGAAUUAAGAUGUAUAUACACAUAAUGACAUAAGCUAUUUUUGACAGGACGUGGAGUUUUUUUGGUGUUAAAAGAAUGGUUUGAUUGUGUUUUAAAGACAGAAAUAUUGACAUUCCGAGUCAGUGAGUUGUUUUUAAGAUAUUGAAGCUCCAGUGUAUCUGCAGUAGUGGCUACAGUCAUUGUUUCCUCUGUACCUCCUUGCACCAUGGUUCCUCCCCUGCAGCUACACUAGCUGCAUUUGUUUAUAUAGUAAAAGGAAGUGUGUGGGGGGGCUAGGCAAGGAAAAGUGGUCUCCUAAUAAGUGCUGGCUGGGAUCAUAAAAUUUCAGCUGCCCAGAGGAUUCCUUCUGUGUCAAGUGCUGUGUUUCCCUCUAGGCACUGUUAAGCAUAGCUCUGUGCAUGUGCUCAUACCAUGUCCUGCAGUGAUGUGGGAGGAGGAGCCUUACUGUCUUGUGCUUUGCUGUUGACUGGAGAAGUUUUUUCGUUCUAUUUUGUUUUUUAUUAAGAAAACUAUAAUAUAAUUUUUCUUAUCAAAUAAAAGUAUUUUAAGUUUUAAUGAUGGUGAAGAAGGGGUGCUGACAAAAUGGGUGACUGAGUUUUGGAUGGGGAGGGCUUGGGCAGGGAGAAGAUUAUGCUUAACUUCAUUUUUGUAUUAUUAUGGUUAUUUAUCUUAAGUUUCCAUAUAUCUUCAGUUCAUUCCACUUAGAAAGCAGAGCUGCCACCAGCAGGAAAAAAUGUUGCAGUGAUUCCAGCUUGGGGCAAUACAGCAUUUUACAGUCAGUGACCUCUAUUACUGGAGAGUUGUUUGGGACCUCUUUGCCAAAUGGAAAGGAAAGGGUGUCUGAGAUGGGCCCUGAUGCGUUUUUACGUUCCUUGCAUGCUACCAGAGCUCUGCCAGACGUACAUGCCCCGAAAUGCCCCAUUUAGUAGAUGAAUUAUUGCGGCAAAAAGCGCGUAGCUUCAUUUUUAACAUGAACUUUAAAGGGCGUUUGCAAAGAGUUGAUGUAAGAGGUGCCUAGGUCUGCUGUGUAUUUUUUUUUCAGCUGCUCUGAGUGUCAACGCAGCACAAAACACAUUCGAAGUCUGUUGGAUUUUCCUGUGAUUCAGGCUUGGAACACUUAAGUCCUCUUCCCUGUGACUACUCCUAAAUUAUGGGUUGGAGAUGAGAGGGAGAGUAGGGUGCUUCACAGCACCCAUCAUAGGAUCAGGUGGUGGGUCAGAAUGUUGCCCCUUUGGGCAGAGUACGGGGUUGGGCUUUGGGCACAGUGGAGCAAUCUCUGUUUGAGCUGUGCACGGCUGACAAAACCUCCGAGGGUCACUGAGGGCAGAGUGGAGCCGGCCUCGCCACCCUCACUGUUUGCAUCAUGUGGAGUCAGCAUCGCUGGAAAUGGCCCUCCUCAAGCUCAAGGCGACUUUGCAAAGCUGACGUCGCUUUGAGCUGCAGCCACUUUCCAUGGCUUUGGAAGGCUAAAUGAAAAUGCCCCUCGAUGCAGUGAAGUGUUGAUUUGAAUUUUCAUUAAACUGCAGCUCUGCAUAUUUUACCUGUCACUGAUUCAUUUAGCUAGCUGAGACAUCACAGUAUUGCACUCAAAUUAUUGUGAAAAUAUUUGCAUUCUAAUACUAUGAGGACUUGUGUCCCUAAGUAGGAUAUAAUGUAGCUAUGUGCUUUGUAAACAACAAAACAGCAGAUGCAUUACCAGAAAAUGAAGCAUAUUCCCAUUUUAUAUUGCAGAUGGUAAAAUAUUUCUGAGAUGCAGACAGCUAGACCGACAGGGGUGGGGGUUUGGUAGCAAAUCUUUCCCCUUGCUGUGUAAAGAAACAGUUGUUAAGGCUUUUAAAAAUGUGGAGGCAAAAGGAGGGGGAAGAAUCCAGUAAAAAUACAUUUCUUUUGGGAGGCUUCUUAAUUUUGUUUCUGUGCAUGCUAUCAGGGACAUGUAUUUCUUGGGCUAAGCUUUAGCUUGUGCUUGCAUUCAGAACCUGACUGAAGGCUCCCUUGAAGUGGGAGGGAGCCAUUAAAUGGAUUGAACAGGCUCUAAAUCAGACUCCAAGACUUCUUCCUUCCUAUCUGCUCUCCUUUCUUCUGUCUUGCUAAGUCACUUCUGCCUGCCAAUGGACAAAACUCUCUCCCUCAUUACAGCAGGCCAUUCAAUAUAUGGGAACACCAGGCAUGGAGAUGUGAGGAGGCAGGUGUGAAAUUCUCCCCAAAAUGUUAGGCUAUGGAGCAUACCAGUGGCUUGCAGCAGCACAAAUAUCUUCCUGUCACCUCUGACAUGCUCCUCACUUCACCCCAUAACCUAAGGUCAGAGAACUGUCAGUGGCACAGCUCAUGUGAGCACGACCUUUGGACAUGUACAAGAUGAGGGCUCCCCCCCCCCCCCCAUGCUUUAGAUAUACCAACAUUAUUAAAAGUACCUUUUAAAAUGCAUAGCUCAUUUCUAGACUGCUGGUCUUUGCUUUCUUAUUUAUAAAUAUUUUUCCUUAUUUGCUUGAGAGUGUUUUCCCCUUUAGAAUUACAGAAAAUAUGAAAAAUAUAUUGAAAGUUUGGGAAAGAUUGGAUUAAAAUUUCCUUUUCCAAAAUGGAGGAGGUAGAGAGCAGGAGGAGAUCUGUGCAUGGAGUACCUUGAAUAAUGUGCUCUUGUGGGAGGCUUCCCCCUCCCCUGUAUGGGACAGAACUGCCAUUUUAGGUCUAAAUUUCCCACGUUUUGAAGAGUUACAUGGCCCUUUAGGUGGGAUAAUUCUAAAACCUAAAUAUAUCGCUGUAUCCCAUUCAUACUUGGACGGAGUGAAAUGCUGUCUCACGGUGAUAGGAAACAUACUGUUGUGUUUUUUACAGUAAAGACUGUUUGAAGUAAAGGCCUCCAUGGGAACAAGUUCCCAUUCCUUCAGAUGUCUCUGAAAGUAUAUCUCACUUAAAAUGUAUUUUAUAGCUUAGAAGGGCAGAACAAAAUUGAGGGAACUGCAAAAAUUUUUUGUCUUUUUUAGAAUAAGUGGCUUUUGGGGCUACCAGUCUUGAGAAAAAUCUUAAAAGUCCACUAAACGUGUGCUGCUGCUUUGCCUGUACUGGCUUCUUCUCUCUGACACUGUCUUUCCUUCGUAGAGCCACUCUGCUGUUCCUGAUAGUCAUGGAAACUUGGGGAGGGAACCAAACCCGUGUGAAAAAUCUUGUCCAGAAGGAAUGUAUUUGUUGCUAAAUUUUCUAGCACUGUUUACAGUUUUCCUCCAUGUUAUUUAUAAAUUUUAUAUUCAGUGAAUGUAUAUUGUCUUUUAAGGUAAUGUUGCAUAAUGUUCACUUUUUAUAGUGUCCUUUUAUUCUAAACAGUAAAGUGGUUUUAUUUCUA